UCUCAUUGACUUUUGCCAGCGAAACACAAACCCGGGCAACGCGACGGGAGAUCUGACCCAACAACACGCAUCUGCUGAGUAUGUCGGGUAAAGUGCAGUCAGCGAGACAGAGACAGGCCAAUGAGGCAUUCGCCAAGAAAGAGGCGAGCAAGCGCGGCAAGGCGCCAGAGCAGGUCCUGAAACAGGCCACAAAGAAGGAAGUCGUCAAGCGCUCUACCGCACAAAAGGUCACAAUUGGUAUUGUGGGAACGCUCAUCUUUGGUGGCUUCAUCUACGAGUUCCUCAAGCUGUUUCUCUAAAUAUAAGGCCGUAAGAAGCCUGGAAAUACAUCCUUCAUCUGGCCAACUUGACACUAAGUCCAAGACUGGUCAACAGGAGCUAGCCUUC